UAAUCAUUCUCGUUCCUCUCCUUCUCUCCCUCCUUCCCUCUCUCUUUCUCUGCCACUGGACGAUAUGUCUAAGAUCCGGUGGUCUCGCUCUUAAAGUUUUUGUAUUCCUCUCCCUCCCCUCAAACGUCAAUUCCCCAACCUAGAAAUCUCUCUUCCAUUUCAAAAAUCCAAUCAAACCCUCAAUUUCUUCCUCUAUCUUCAACAACCCAACCCAUUGUAAAUCUCUCUUUUUUUAUUUUUCAUUUUGUUUGGUUCUAACAAUGUUGUUUGAAUUUUAGGGUGUUUUCCUUUGUGGGUUUGGUAAUAGAAUCAGGGAAGACAUAGUGGAGGAGGGAGAAAUUGAACGGGGCAAAUUUUUUGUGUUAUUAGUUUGAAAAAUGGGUGUCAUCUCAAGGAGAGUAAUGCCAGUGGUCGGCAACCUCUGUUUCUUUUGUCCGGCGAUUCGACCUAGGUCUCGACAGCCUAUAAAGCGGUACAAGAAGUUGAUGACCGAUAUAUUUCCCCGGUCUCCGGAUGAAGAACCCAAUGAUCGAAGAAUUGGCAAACUUUGUGAAUAUGCUUCAAAGAAUCCUCACCGCAUACCAAAGAUCACAAGUUCUCUUGAGCAAAGGUGUUACAGGGACUUGAGAAAUGAGAACUUUCAUUCUGUAAAAGUUGUCCUCUGUAUCUACAGGAAGUUGUUAGUAGCUUGUAAGGAGCAAGUGCCAUUGUUUUCAACCAGCUUGCUCAGCAUCAUACAGAUUGUGUUAGAUCAAAUGAGACACGAUAAGUUGUGCAUUAUUGGAUGCGAGAUUCUUUUCGAUUUCAUCAUUAAUCAGUGGGAUGGUACUUACAUGUUCAACUUAGAAGGGUUAAUUCCAAAACUUUGUCUUCUUGCUCAAGAAAUUGGGGAUGAUGAUAGGGCGAAGCAUUUGCGCGCUGCCGGACUUCAAGCACUUUCCUCAAUGAUCUGGUUCAUGGGCGAAUUCUCUCAUUUGUCAGCUGAAUUCGAUAAAGUUAUUUCAGUGGUAAUGGAAAAUUGUGGAGAUCAUAAAGAGAAGGGGGACGGUAUUCAUCAAUCUAGCAAGGAUGGUUGCAUUGAAGAAGAGUCAAAAGUUGAAGAUGUGAAUUCAACACCUCAUCGUGUCAUUACAAGGGUUGUGUCUUGGAAGACAAUUGUGAAUGAGGCAGGCAAAAAUAUGUCCUUGGAUGAAGCCAGGAACCCUGAAUUUUGGUCUAGGGUUUGCCUACAUAACAUGGCCAAGUUAGCUAAGGAGGCUACAACUGUACGGCGUGUAUUGGAGUCCUUAUUCCGCUACUUUGACAAUGCUGACCUCUGGUCCACUGAACAUGGGCUUGCACUUUCUGUAUUGCUGGACAUGCAAUCAGUAAUGGAGAGUUCUGGGCAGAAUACACAUUUCUUGCUGUCCACAUUAAUCAAGCAUCUGGAUCACAAGAAUGUCUUAAAGAGCCCUGACAUGCAAGUACAUAUUGUUGACAUUUCCACCUGCCUUGCUCAAGCAACAAAGGCUCAAAAUUCUGUGACAAUACUUGGUGCAUUUAGUGAUAUGAUGAGACAUUUGCGUAAAAGCAUACACUGCUCUCUGGAUGACUCAAACCUAGGGACAGAGAUAAUCGAAUGGAACAGGAAAUUUGGAGAAGUUGUGGAUCGGUGCCUUGUGCAAUUAUCACGUAAGGUUGGAGAUGCUGGCCCUAUUCUUGAUGUUAUGGCUGUGAUGUUAGAGAGCAUACCAAAUGUUACAGUGAUGGCCAGAACCACAAUUGUUGCUGUUUACCGAACUGCUCAAAUUAUAGCAUCUAUACCAAAUUUUUCAUGCAAAAAUAAGGCUUUUCCUGAAGCAUUGUUUUAUCAAUUACUUCUAGCAAUGGCCUGUGCAGAUGUUACAACAAGGGUGGGUGCACAUCGUGUCUUUUCUGUUGUUCUUGUCCCAUCUUCUGUUUCCCCUCGUCGUAACUCAAUGACUCCCAGCUCAGCUAAGUCUGCUGAUUUUCAAAGGACACUUUCAAGAAAUGCAUCCGUCUUUUCUUCUUCAGCUGCACUCUUUGAGAAAAUAGUAAAGGAGCAAUGUUCUCCUCCGCAAGGAAAUAUAUCUCAAGAAAGAAUAGACGAAAUUCCAGAUGAGAAGAAAGAACAAAACAAUCCACCCAUACUGAGCCGAUUGAAGUCAACUUACAGUCGAGUUUAUAGUGUGAAAAGGCAGCCAUUACCUCCUGCAAACACAGAUGAAGAGGAGGGAAUUUCUCUGAAAUUGAGCACUAGACAGAUCAACUUGUUGUUAUCAUCACUUUGGGCACAGGCCAUAUCUCCUCUCAACACACCUGAAAACUUUGAAGCAAUUGCUCAUACAUAUAGCCUGGCAAUAUUAUUUUCACGAAGCAAGAACUCCAGUCAAGAGGCUAUGAUCAGAAGUUUUCAACUAGCAUUUUCCUUGAGGAGCAUUUCUCUUGAUGGAGGAGGCCCAUUGCGACCAUCACGAAGGCGAUCUCUCUUCACCUUGGCUACAUCUAUGAUAAUUUUCUCAGCAAAGGCGUACAAUGUUCUUCCUCUAGUUCCUCGUGCCAAGACUUCCAUGACGAGUAAUAUGGUUGAUCCGUUUCUCCAGUUGGUUAAUGAAUGCAAGUUGCAAGCCGUUAAUACUGGAUUAGACAGUGUGGGUAAAGUUUACGGAUCAAAAGAAGAUGAUGAUGAAGCCUUGAAGUUGCUUUCAUCAGUGGUUCUAGCUGAGGACCAAUCCAAAGAAUCCUUUGUUUCCAUGAUAGUAAAGUUUUUUGGGAAUUCAUCAAUGCCAGAGACUUCCGUCAAGGAGAAGUUGCUUAGAGAUUUUGCCCCCGAUGAAGCAUGUCCCAUGGGGGCAUUGUUAUCAGUGGAGACACCCGAUCUGAUGGACCAGGCUGAUUCAAAAGACAAUGGGUCUCUGAAUGAAGUUAAUGAGCCUAUGAUUGCAAUAGAUGAUGACAUGCCACCUGAUCCAUUUGAAAGCCAACCAGACACUGAUGUUCCGCUGAAGAUGGAAAAUCCCAGCCUUCUGAGCGUCAACCAACUUCUUGAUUUGGUUUUGGAGACAACUGGUCAAGUUGGAAGGUUCUCGACAUCUACUCCAUCUGACAUGCCUUACAAGGAAAUGGCUAGCCAGUGUGAAGCCCUUCAAACCGGAAAGCAGGAGAAAAUGUCAGGUUUCAUGAGCACACAACAGUUGAGAGAAAGUGUAAUGAGCCACCCACCUCAUCAUGACCUCAACCAGCCAAAGAAUAUCGGGAAUCCAUUCCUUGACCAGAACCCCUUCAUACCUUCCCCCCCAAGUUUGUGUGCAACCCAGCAUCAAUCUCACGAAUUCUAUAGAUUACCAUUAGCAAGCCCCUACGAUAACUUUCUCAAGGCUGCAGGUGGUUGAAGACUGAGGGGAUGCAUCUGCCAUGAACAUUGGAAGAGAAAUUUAUGGUUUUUGCUAAUUCAUCUAUAUAUCUGUUGUUCCCUUGAUUAUUUUCUUCUUUUUUUUUUUCCUUUUUCUUGUCUAUAGUGUUUGGGAGAGGGAUUUCUUGUAAUUAAAUUCCUCCCGGCAUGGUCAUAUAUAUAUAUAUAAUCAAUUUGAUUAAAUUGUAAAAGAUGCCCGGUUUCAUACUUGAUUUUGGGUCUGUAUAUUGAUGAUUUUAUUCUUUAUAUCUUAAUUACGAGUGGGCUACAUUGUGCAUGCCUUACAAAAUGGGAUUAGUGUUCUUCUUACUUUGUUGGCAGCCCAAGUUUAUGGUCCAAAUUCAUAGUGAUCAC